CCUUUCUUUAAUUAUUUAUUGUUGGCGAGAUGCCUGGUCUUGUAUCAGUGAAAACACCUCCAGACGCUCCACCGCUUCAAAUUCUUGUUCCCGCCGGAGAUCAACAGGUUCAAAAUCAUGACGAAGAAUCCGAAACCAGAAGCCCUAAGAUCAGAUCCCCGAUGCCGAAGAGAACCCCAUCUCCAUCCACUUCACGGGCUAAGCCUUCGCCAGGCGGAAGCUCUGGCAAGAAGAAGACACCCGAGAAGCCGAAAAUUGACGAAUCCUCCCUUGACAAUCCCGAUCUCGGGCCCUUCCUUCUUAAACUCGCCCGCGACACGAUAGCCAAUGGUGAGAGCCCGAACAAAGCGUUGGAUUUCGCGAUUAGAGCUUCCAAGUCGUUCGAACGUUGCACAGGGGAGGGCGAACCGAACUUGGAGCUGGCCAUGUGUUUGCACGUGGUUGCGGCUAUUUACUGUAGUUUGGGAAGGUUCGAGGAGGCGAUCCCCGUGCUUGAGCGGGCGAUUACAGUCCCUGAUGUAGCGAAAGGGCCAGACCACGCGCUCGCAGCGUUCUCAGGUUAUAUGCAGCUCGGAGAUACGCAUUCGAUGCUUGGUCAGCUCGACAAAUCGGUUGCUUGUUAUGAUUCUGGGUUAAAGAUCCAGAUGGAAGCUUUGGGAGAGUUAGAUCCGAGGGUCGCAGAGACUUGCAGGUACUUGGCUGAAGCCCAUGUCCAAGCUAUGCAAUUUGAUGAAGCUGAAAAGCUAUGCACGAAGACCCUUGAAAUCCACCGUGAGCACAGCGCACCAGCAUCCCUUGAAGAAGCUGCUGAUCGCCGGUUAAUGGCCCUCAUAUGUGAAGCAAAGGGAGAUUAUGAAUCUGCCCUUGAGCACCUUGUUCUUGCAAGUAUGGCCAUGAUUGCCAAUGGCCAAGAGAUCGAAGUUGCUGCAAUUGAUGUUAGCAUUGGUGACAUUUACCUGUCCCUCAGCCGUUUUGAUGAGGCCAUAUUCUCCUAUCAGAAGGCCCUAACUGUCUUCAAAUCCGCCAAGAGUGACAACCAUCCUUCAGUCGCAUCAGUCUUUGUGCGUCUUGCUGACCUCUACUACAAGACAGGCAAGCUUCGGGAGUCCAAGUCCUACUGUGAAAGUGCUUUGAGGAUAUAUUCAAAACCUGUUCCUGGAACUAUAGCAGAGGAGAUAGCCAGUGGGCUGACUGAAAUCUCAGCAAUCUAUGAAGCUGUAAAUGAACCUGAGGAAGCAUUGAAGCUCUUGCAGAAGGCAAUGAAGUUGUUAGAAGACACACCAGGGCAGCAAAGCACGAUUGCAGGGAUAGAAGCACAAAUGGGUGUAAUGUACUACAUGCUUGGUAGGUAUGGAGAGGCUCGAUACUCUUUUGAGAGUGCUGUGGAGAAGCUUAGAGCCAGUGGGGAGAGGAAAUCAGCCUUCUUUGGGGUUUUGUUGAACCAAAUGGGUUUGGCUUCUGUGCAGCUGUAUAAAAUAGAUGAGGCUGCAGAGCUAUUUGAAGAAGCAAGGGGGAUAUUGGAGCAGGAGUGUGGUCCGGAUCAUCCAGAUACUCUUUCUGUGUAUAGUAAUCUUGCAGCAACCUAUGAUGCCAUGGGCAGGGUAGAUGAUGCAAUAGAGAUCUUGGAGAGCAUCCUAAAAGUUAGGGAAGAAGAGCUUGGAACGGCGAAUCCUGAUGUUGAUGAUGAGAAGAAAAGGCUAGCAGAGCUCCUCAAAGAAGCUGGCAGGAUUCGGGAUAGAAAAGCAAAAUCACUUGAAAACCUUCUUGAUUCUAAGACUGAUAGAGUAAAGAAAGAGGUAACAAGGAGGUGGUCAGGCUUGGGCUUCAAAACUUGACAAAGCAUGCUCUCCUCAUCUAAUUAUUCACUCUCUGUAACAUAAAAUGAAAAUUGUGUAAAGGGUCAAGUUGCGCUUCAUGUCCUAUAGGGAGGGUCAGCCUUGAUUUCUUGUGAUUUAUUCUUUAAAAUACUUGUCUUGUGCUCUUGAAGCUGUUCUUCACUGUGAAAGGUGGGUUAAAAGUUGAGCUUAUGUUGAGUGAAUAAGCAUUUGUGGUUGCUUCUUUGUGAGACACUGGUGUCUCUGAAAAAUGUAACAAUUGUGUUCCUUGUAAA